AUGUCAGCCGGGACAGUGGUCAUCGCAGGUGGAAUUCUGGCUACAGUCAUCUUACUGACCAUCGUCGCUGUACUGUGUUUAUGUAGGUUGCAGUAUUACUGCUGUAAGAGGGAGGAGUCUGAGAAGGGGGAAGAGGAGGAACCAGAGCUCGCCACCAUGUCGCCGUUCCGCCCCCUGGCUCUGUCCGCUCCUCCGACGCCUCCGACGCCGGAGCACUACAGCGACGAGCCCGAGAACUACACCCCCACCUUCCUCACCGAAGCCAACGGGCCCGCCAGCUUCUCGCCGACCCCUCCGCCGCGCCGGUGCCACCGUCCGCACGCCUUCUGCCCGUCGUGCGCCCGCUGCUCGCUGCCCUUCUACCUGCAGCACCCGGAGCGGCUGUGCAACGGCGGCCGCAGGAUCAGCUACAGGACUGUACAGCAGCAGGACCUGGAGCUGCCCAUGGACCUCGCCAGCUUCUAUCAGAAGCUCAACCUGAUCCGCUCGUACACCAUGAGGGAGGUGGUCACCAGCAGCGUCAGCACCGACGUGUAG